AUCACCAGCAAGCAAGCACUUGAACACUGGCGUAAAUAAAGGAUUUUGGCCAGAUCAACACUGAGCCCACCCAACGCUACUUCGAAUAGGUUAGCGGACGCUUCUUUUGUGGGCUAGAAUUUACUGCCCUUCGACUGUUUUACAUCGUACAGGGAAGGCGACAGCACAUAAUCAAGUGGACUUUCUCUGAUGGUAGAACACAAGACCAAGAAUUUAUUUUAGCUAACGUUAGCUGUCACAGACUAUCAUAGCAGAUAGACUGCUAGCCUGCUUGCUAGAUAAAGACAUCAGUUCAGAUCAAAUCUACACGUAACUAAGUUAAUACUAAUUGACAGACUGAAAUUGUUUAUAUGUGAAACUGCAUUGAAAAACCCUAAUCAUGGCUGUCAUUAUGCAUAACUAAUUUGUCACAUUUGGCUGUAUUCACUCUUUUUAGCUAGCUAAGGGGACAGUCUCUUUAAUGGUACUGCUAAGUCAACUUGAACAAAUGUAAAUCGUCUGGUACGGGUACACAAAGAAAAUAGGCAGGUUUGUUAUUUUGUCGUUGUCGGCCUUUAGUAGACUUAUCAGCCAUCAUAUACCAUAAAGUGGUGUCGACAGCGGUCGAUACUAAGCAAGCUGUAAGUUAAACGAGACGGCUCGAGCCUAAAUUAUUCAAAGGAACGAAAUGAACUCCGAAGAAGCUGCCACUCCAGCCAAAAUCGUCACGGAUGAUGACGGCAUGUCAUGGUGGUACAGAUGGCUCUGCAAAAUCGCUGGAGUCUUAGGAGGAAUAUCCUGUGCAAUAGCAGGUGUGUGGAACUGUGUGACGGUGAAUCCCCUCAAUAUUGCAGCCGGAGUCUGGAUGGUGUUGAAUGCAUGUGUGCUGUUCCUGUGUGAGGUGCCCUUCUGCUGUCAGUUCAUAGAGUUUGCCAAUGCCGUGGCGGCACGCGCCGAUAAGCUCAAGCCCUGGCAGAAAGCGCUCUUCUACUGCGGGAUGGCCUUAUUCCCUGUGGUGCUGAAGAUCUCCUUCACCACUGUGUGUGGCAAUGCCAUCGCCUUUGCCACAGGGGUCCUCUACGGCCUCGCAUCACUCGGCAAGAAGGGAGACGCAGUGAGCUACGCUCGUCUGCAGCACCAGAAGCAGGGGGAUGAGGAGAAGCAGACGGGGUUGGCGGAAGAUGGAACACAGUGACCACCUCUCAGCCUCCUGACCCAUCAUUCCAGCUCCCUCUGUUCUUUCCCACUCUUCUCAUCCCUUCUUCCCCCUCUCCUCUCCUCCCCCUUCCGUUUAUCUUUUGUGAUCGUGGUUUUAUUUAUUGACUCAAGACUGCUGCACCUUUUUUUGUCUUGCCCUAGAGUCUGGGUGAUGGUUUGAUUUGUGUUGAUGUUUGUAGCUCUAGAGCCAAGUCUUACUAGAACUGUGACUUUAUUUUGUUUUUCUUUGUUUUCUGAACUAGAUUUAAGCUCUCUUAUUUUAAAAAAUGUUUGUUUUAUGUCAUGAUGAUCCUUAAGGGAUGCCUGGCAUCCGUUGUUGGCCAGUGUAUUUGAUGUUGGAUGCCAUUGUCAGGCCUUUGUCGGUUUGUUUCGCGAGAUGUGUGGAAUCGCAAAACACUCCUACCUAACCUCAGCCUUUCCCCGCUAGAAUAGCUCUAACACAAAUUAGACAUUAGAUCCCUGUAGAAACGUAACAGUCAGUGGUCAGUAAUCUAACAAAGGUGCAGUCCUUGAUUAUGAUUCAUCACAUUGAAAAUUCAUCAGAUUCAGCACAGUUCUCCAGCGGUCCUUCCAGUGUGUGCACAGAAAAGAGUCCUAGCUCUGUCAAUGAGGUGCUCGUACGCCAGUGUUUCUUCGGUAGCACAGAAGGGAGAGGUGCGCUAGCCACAAACCUUUCAUCAAGGUCGAAGACUGCACCUUUGAAGUUAAAUCAGUGCUCCUAAAUAUCUAGUUAGUCAGAGCUUAAUCAAUGCUUAUUCAGCUAAUCAGUGUUGCUUGGUCGGGAUGCAUUCUUUUGCAUCCACGGCGACAGCAAGCUUAGCCACUGCAGAUACUGGGAACUUUAGCCAUCGGGAGCUUUUUCUGUUCUCCCACUGUUCUCUAUUCGGCACACCCAAAGAUGGCAGGAGCUUUAUAUUGUUACUCUCCAUUUAUCUUUCUCUGUGUUGAAUAUUUUUAGGAUUUAUUUAUUCUGUCGAUUUUACCGUUUAAAGUGAAAAUGUGUUUUCUGAUUAAGUGGCAUGGCACGUAUGGUCUUGUGACAAGUUAGUGGCUGUCCAUGGCUUACGUCCUGGCAUGUCGCUAGGUCAACCUUAGGCGGCCCUGAAAGACAAAGGUCAUAUUCAAGCAUUGAUUCAAAAUAGUGAUCGUAUAGAGCUGAAGCCAGCUGAGACUGAGAGGAGAGAGGAAAUAGGUGGAAUGUAAGCGAAUGUGUUUUAAUGCCUUUUCUUCCCUCUGUCUUAUUCUCUAAAUGGUUCUUACCUUCCCUCUCUCCGUACAGUGUUGAAACUGAAAGGAGUUGACAUCUCCAAAUGUCAAUAUUUAUGGUAACCAAUAUGUUACCAAGGGGAAGAGCAAACACCUGGAUAAGACUGUCAGUGAUCCGGCCAUCAGAUCCUGCCUUCUUUGUGUUAAAAAUUCCAUGGAUUCUGUGAAACUCAAUGAAUCGGUGAACUUUAUGAACUGGAAUGUUUUGUGUGUUUGUGACAUGGUUAUAGCUUGUAGCUUGACGGGUGGAAAAUAUUACCUUUUUUUUUCUCUCUCUUUUAGGAUUUUUUUUUGCAGUUCUCGCACCUCUUUCAGGGAUUUUGUGCGUUUGUGUGGGAAAGAAAUGGGCGAUUACCCAUACAGCCUUCCUUUUGUCGAAGCAGAGGUCCUCAGCUGCAGUUAAGAAGGGCUUUAACAGUGAAUUGAGUGAAAGAGCAGAGUAGCAGGGGACUACUUAAUCUCAUGAUUUCUCUUAUGAACUUGAGGUACUUCAUGUUGUCGUUUAUUCGUGGAAAAUAUGAGCCAGUUGUCUUGCAUGCAGUGCUUUUAAGUCACGUGAGAGAGCAUGGGCAAACAAGAUUCCGUCCUUUGCCCGUGUUCUCUUGCUCUGCGUCUUGGUUCUUGGUCUCUAACCUACCCCCAGACAACCAGCACCGUAGAUACCAGCAGUGCAGAGAUUCAGCUUUCAGGAACCACUUACCUGUCUACCGUACACACACACACACACACAACAGGGUUUCUGCAUUACAGUUCACUACAGUGGCACUACAGUGAAGGCUUUACCUCUUCAGGUUAUUUGUUUUUUCCCUUUCGGAUUUAUACAUAGUGGGCGUAGUAGAGUGGAGUAUUAAUGACACUGGCAACUGGUCGACCUGACUUUGGUUCCCGAUCCCACCGUUGUGGAUCCGUGCCGCUUUGGAUAAAAGCAUCUGUUAAAUACCAGUAGACUUUAACUUAAAUCAUGGCAAUGGGGUAUUCUUUUCUUUUUUCGAGGAGAACGGAGUCACAUUAAGGAAUACUUAAUUAGCCCAGCAUUUACCUUGAUGCAUGUGUGUACCAAAAUAUACUGUGAAUGUUAUGGUCUGAUGCACCAAACAGUUUUGAGCUUUGUUGUCGGCUUCACUGAUUCAUCAACUCUUGAACUCAACACCAGUCCUAUAAAACUUUCCAUUUCCGUUUCCAGAACCACACAAAUCUGCACUACAUUUUUAAUGGCAACUCAAGACAACCUGUCUCAAUGUUCUGCACAGAAUCGUCACUGGGAAUUUGAAUAUUCAGGUUUUUAAUCUGAUGUCUUUGUAUCUAUUUAAUUGGCUUCAUUGGCAGUACAGUGGUUAUCUUGUACCUUACUAAGCUUGAAAAAGGGAAUGUCUUACACUGAGAUGAGGGAGGACCUUGAGGCAAUAGUUUGCUUAAGCAAACUGGAAACUAUGGAUAUGUAUGGAGAGGCAUGGUCAAUUCCAGCCGUAAUCAUGCAACAGAAGUAAAGUUAGAGGGUAAAUGAAAACUACUUACUCAAUUUAUAAUAGGUCAUUGUGAAUACUCCGAAAAGUACUUUCUAGCUCCUCAAAUAGUUAGUAGGUCACUGUACUUUUCAUCCUGGUCUUCAGGCAUCGUCAGAUGCAAGAGCUAGAUUGGGGCAGAUACUUAAAUCAGUAGCUUAGGUCAGACAGAGCAACAAUACCUAAGAACAGAAGAAAAGGCCUAAGAAUUUUCUAUCUCUGCUUUCAAUACUUGACUGACACACUCUCCGGGCUAACCUCAACCAUCUUGCACUCUACUGUCCGCCACCUCUAUAUUUGCUGCAAGGUGUGUAUGUGUGUGCGCAUGCGCUUGUAGGUGUAGCUGUUAACUCAGAAAUGGAGUGGUUUUGUGUUCAGUUUGUUUCUAAAUUGAUGUGAAAUGCUUGAUUGUAAAAAAAAGUCUCACUUCUGUUUGUCUUUGUUUCCCCCUGAAUGAAGAAAAAAAUAAAACCAUUCUGCCUUUUUAAGACCUA